AUGCGCCCCCUGAAGAAUGUUUGCGGCAAGAAAUAUUCCGACUACCGCCUCUUCCUCAUCGACUUUGGCCUCUCCUCCUUCAACCCCGUGACGGCGCGCUUUCGGGAAGAGGUUGCCGUGGACCUUUAUGUGCUAGAACGUGCUCUAGUCAGCUCGUUGGCUUGUCGGGAUGAGCACAAAGAGGACGAACUUUUCAGCCCUCAAACCUUCUUUGCAGCCUUUCUGGCUGCCUACUCAGAGGCUUACGCAGCACAGGUGGUUGCUCGUGGCACUAACCUUGGUGAUGCCGUCGGUGGACGAAAGCAGUCGAAGCGGAACAAAUUGGAUGCCACCAUACCAGCCGCAAAGCCCACUCUUGAAGAUGGCCGUCGGGAGCUUGAGACUAUACUCUCUGCCUUUAAGGAGGUGCAGGCUCGUGGCAGGAAGAGACUUAUGAUUGGCUGA